AUGAAUGAGGCUCUGGAAAACUUCGUCACAUGUUAUGGCAUCAUCCAUUCCGAGGGUUAUGGCAAGUACAUAAGCAAUUGGAUGAUAGACGGGGAGCCACCAUAUAAUCUGGUAGAGUUGGACGCCAAUCGCUUCGGCAAUUGGACAACAAGGGAGUACACGAGCAUCAAGACCCGUGAGACAUACGGGAUGAACAACGCCAUCGGCUGGCGCCACGAAGAGCGGUGGGCGGGCAGAACAACCAAGCGCGUCAGUGGAAUAUAUGACAAGCUAAAAUGCCGAGGGGCCGAGUUCGGAUUUCGUUCAGGCUGGGAACAGCCCCAGUGGUUUGCACUGGAUGGCGACGAAGCCGGGUACAAGCCGAGCUUCCGUCGGUCCAACUGGUUCGGACCGAUAGGGCGAGAGUACGAGAUGGUGAUGAAGCGAGCUGGAAUCAUCGAUCUUAGCCCGUCUGCCAAUAUACAAGUGACGGGAAAAGAUGCCUACAGAUACCUGGACAGCCUACUGGCCAACAAACUGCCGGCUGUUGGUCGAUGCACCCUUUGCCCCAUGCUGUCACCUAAGGGAAAGGUCUACUCCGAGGUAACAGUGAACCGACUGGCAGAGGACAAAUUCCUCAUCAUCACACAUUCUGGUUCAGAGUUCCAUGAUCUCAGGUGGAUGGAGGAAUUUGCCUGGAAAGGCAACUAAGAAGUCAGCUUGAAAAACAUCACCGACAGCAUGGCCUGUCUCGGCAUUGCAGGGCCAUUGUCUCGCGACGUGCUGGCCCCUAUCACUGAAACCGACCAGGCGGGUGAUGCAUUUGCCUUCAUGGACGUCAAGGAUAUCACUGUCGGCGAUGUGCCUGUCACUGCUGUCCGAAUCUCGUACACAGGCGAACUUGGCUGGGAGUUUUAUCACAAGGUGGAGGACACUGCCAAGCUCUACGAUGCUCUGCUUGAGGCAGGAAAGCCCUUGGGAGUUGGAGACUUUGGAACAUUUGCGAUGAACACCAUGCGCAUUGAGAAGGGAUUCCGCGCAUGGGGACGAGAGAUGUUGAUGGACUAUAGCCCAUUAGAAGCUGGGCUGGGACCAUUCAUCAAACUCGAAAAGUUCAUCACCCUUUUUCAGGAGGCCGACUUUGUUGGUAAGGCGGCCGUUCAGAAGGUGAAAGACGAGGGACUUCUGCGUAAACUGGUUCUGCUUACCGUUCCCAACACUGACAAUGUUGACCCUGAAGGCAACGAGACACUCUGGCUGAAUGGCAAGGUUGUCGGCAACACCACAUCAGGCUGUUACAGCUUCCACCUCGGCCAGAGCAUCUGCUUCGCUUACCUGCCCAUGGAGCUGACGGCAGUUGGGACAGAGGUUGAAGCGGAGCUCUUGGGAAAGAAGUACCCCUCGAUGAUGACUGAGGAGCCCCUGGUGCUCAAAGAGCAAGUCAGAAGCAGGCAGAAAUCCAAGUAA